UAAAAUUGUGUUCGCUCAUAUUCUUCACAUCAUCGAAUCAAAAUCAUUCAACAUUCAAAGGAAAGUAGGAAACAUUUUUCUCAGACCUCUCUUUCUUCUUCCUCUUCUCUGGCUUCGCCCAUUCUGAUUUCUGUAUCGCUCUCGGUGUCUUUUGGAAUAUCUUGGUGUAGUUAGGGCGUCCACGAAGAAUUGAAUUUAAUCUAAUGAGGGGGCGUGUGAGAUGGGAUGAGGCUAACUUGGGGGAAAUCGAGGCCAAUAAACCAGUGAGGCAAAAAAUCACUGAACCUAAGACUCCGUACCACCCCAUGCUUGAGGAAGACGGUUCUAUGUCUCCUGUUAAUAAUUUCGAUGAGUGCAUGGAUAGAGCUGAACAUGCAGAAGCUAUACGAACUGCAUUAACUGAUGUUGCUUCGUCAAGUAGAAGCGGCAAACGAUCUGGAGGUUGGACAUCAUCUGAAGAUGAGGCAGAUAACAUGGACGAAGAUGGUGAUGAUGAAGGUCCUGAAACAGAUAGAAAGAAACAUUUUAGGGAGCACAGGAAAAAGCACUAUAGGUCACCUUUAACACUAUUCUCUGUUUCAUCUUGUAUCUUGAGGUCAUCAGGUCCUGAAACAGAUAGAAAGAAACAUUUUAGGGAGCACAGGAAAAAGCACUAUGAUGAGUAUCGCAAAGUGAAGGAACUUCAACGUACAGGUUCCUUUGACGAAGAUGAAGUCGAGGGAGAUGGCGAAGAUAAGGGUAAGGAUGUGAAAUCUGAUUCAUCAUCAUCAUUAGCCGGUGGUGUGAAAGCUAUAGACAUCGAUGAAGAUAGUAAAAAAGAUUUACCUGAACAGCCUCAGUAAAACACAGAGCUGUUUUCUACUAGUAGGAAAACAAAACUGACACCAAACCCUGUUUAUGGAAAAUUACAAGAAAAAAAUUCUGUGGAUAAACCAGUUAAACUUUUGAAUCUUUGAUUAUGUUGUCUUUUGUAUGCUAAUGUAUGUACUUUUGGGCCAGUAAUGGCUUACUGCAAAAUGUUUUCAAGAUAAAAUUUAAUUUCUAGUCUUUCUGAA